CAUGAUUCACCACCUGCAGUUGUCAUGAAGAUAUGUAGCAAAAAUUUAUAAACCUUUACUAGUAUGAAGGUAACAACAAUCUUUACUUGGAUACUUAUAUCUUCAAACUUUGACGUCAUUGCUCCUCAAGCUUGUCGCUACCCAGACGUGCCUAUAGGAGGUUUUUACACUCCCAAACAGAAUACAUACCAACCUGGAGAUUAUAUCAAGUAUGAAUGCAAGGAAGGCUUCGCACUCAAUGGCCCCGAAAAAAGAAUUUGCACAUCGGAAGGAUGGUCCGCUAUCCCUCCUUUCUGUGACAUUCCAACGAAAGUGAAAAACCCUGAAGCUUUCAGAGAUACCAAGAACCACGUGCACUACGUGACUGAUGGUAACACUACAACAUGCUACAACUCACCAAACACGACGCAAAAUUGGAUUCACGUUUAUCUUCAAAACCCAGCUGUGGUAGACUCAGUGAGACUAUUUCUACAAAAAGGUACCGCAAGACUUCAAGUGGUUUUGAUAGGAAAUAAUAAUAAAAAAGUAGAGUGUAGUUUGUUUGAAAGAACUAUAGAAACUAAUCAAUGGGUGGUGGUGAAGUGCUCAAAAGAUCAAUCAAUUAUGGCUGACUCGGUUUCAAUUCUGAGUAAACCGCCUGGUGAUAUUAACAGCCCAACUAUAUUAUGUAUCUGUGAGAUACAAGUGUAUACAAAAGAUGAUUACUGGUGUGAGAAUCCUCCGAGUUUUCUCAUCUCCAACGGAUAUUUUGAGUUCAAUCGACAAAAAGCUGAGCUACAUUGCAGUGCAGGGUAUAAAAAUGAAGCAGCACGCUUCGGAUGUGAAAAAAAUGUUUGGAAAGGUGGUAAAGUAUUAUGCAAAGAAAUAUUGUGUAGCUCAGAAGUUGGUAACAGAACGAUAUCUCGGGGAGAAUGGACUGUAUCAGGAUCCGUCAGCAAAUUUUCUUUUGGAACAAGGCGCCAGUUGAAAUGUGAUUCGGAAUUCCAAAUAGAAGGAAGUCCUGACGUAGUAACAUGCCAAAAAAAUGGAACAUGGACAUACUCCAAUGCUAGAUGCGAAAAAAAGAAGAAAAGAAGCCUUAUAAUCGUGGCUGUUGUAGGAGGAGUCCUUGUGAUCAUCAUUCUUUCACUUGUAGGCAUCGUAAUCUACUUGGUUCAACAGAAGCGUGCGAAAGAAGUUGUGGUGGUUUUCAAACCUGGAAACAGUGGAAGCAUAACAACAGGAAGUGAUUUAGAAUACGCAAUGCCAGCUUACUACGAAAGUAUUCAAACUCCACCAGUUUUACCGAAUUCACCGAGACCCGCUCUUAAUCCUCUUGUAAAAUUGAAAGAAGGGGAGUACCUCCUGCCUCAAGACUGUAUUUCUGCGCCAACAGCUUUCAGUCAAGCAAAUACAUUGCCAGCAGACAUUGCUUUCGGUACAAUGAAGGAAUCCAUUCUUUAUCAGGCAUAGAGAAUGAAAUAAUACGCUGAAACGAAAUUGGUGUGCACUUAUCAGAAUAAAAUUCAU